ACAGGGCAGCAUAGUUCCAGAAGACAGGACUGACCAAGAAGCAGAAAAGCAAGAUGAAUGAUGUGAAGCUUGCUGUCUUGGGUGGUGAAGGAACAGGCAAAUCUGCCCUUACAGUGAGGUUUCUUACUAAGCGAUUCAUUGGAGAAUAUGCUUCUAAUUUUGACUCUGUGUAUAACAAGCAUAUGUGUUUGGAAAGAAAACAACUAAAUCUAGAAAUAUAUGACCCUUGUUCUCAAACACAGAAAGCAAAAUUCUCCCUCACAAGUGAGCUUCACUGGGCAGAUGGGUUUGUUAUUGUGUAUGACAUCAGUGAUAGGUCUUCAUUUGCUUUUGCGAAAGCACUGAUCUACAGAAUCCGGGCGCCACAAACUAGUCAUUGUAAAAGAGCCAUGGAAUCAGCAGUAUUUUUGGUUGGCAACAAACGAGAUCUUUGUCAUGUGCGAGAGGUUGGCUGGGAAGAAGGGCAAAAGCUGGCGCUGGAUAACCGAUGCCAAUUCUGUGAACUGUCUGCCGCAGAGCAGUCUCUGGAGGUGGAAAUGAUGUUCAUCAGAAUUAUCAAGGACAUCCUGAUAAACGUCAAGCUUAAAGAAAAGAGACGACCCAGUGGAUCUAAAUCAAUGGCCAAAUUGAUCAAUAAUGUAUUUGGAAAGAGAAGGAAAUCUGUUUAGUAGACCUGUAAUCCUGGGAGAUUUGUUAUAUCAGAGAGUUUCAACCAUUCACAUGAUAAUUCACCUAACCUUUGUACGCAUUUUUUUUUUUUGUAAAAAGAAUUCUCUUGGAGAUAUGAAAUAAUUGAACAUGUACCACAGCUGUGUUUUCAAACAUGCAGUUCGCACUUUUCGUUGUUGUAUCCUGUUUACUCUGCUUCACACAGAACCUUUAAUUUACCAUAUAGCAUUGUACUCACCCUAACCUACUGAUGGACAGCUCUUCAAUUUGCCUUGCCAAAUAAACUCUGUUUAUAUGAAUUUAUUAAACAAGCAUGACAUA